UUCUCCUUCUUCCGCCGCCGCCGGCUACUCCGUACUGUAAUUCAGCGCAGCGCGAGAUCGAUCUCCGCGUCGCUCUGUUUCGGGGAUUUGCCAAGACGAGGAGGAGAUGAAGCGCAAGCGUGAGGGCAAGUCGGGCACGGAGAGUUCCCCGAAAACCGCCUCCGACGCUUCCACAUCCAGCCCAAGCAACGGAGAGGACACCCCACCGCACAACACACCACCAGUCGCCAACCCCACCCCGGCCGUGCCCGAACCACCUCUUCCUCCUCCUGAACCGGAGAAGGCGGCGAGCGCUGCCGCUCCCCCAGCAGCAUCGUCUAACCCCGCCGCCGAGAUACCGUACACCAAGCCAAAGAUGGCGGUAGUAUACGGCCGGGUGAAGCUAAAGUUCAAGUCCUCCAAGGCUGCCGAGCCCAGCCAUAGUCCAUCCGAAGCCAAGGCGCCCGCCGAUGCCGGCAAAUCCCAGACCGCUGCCCCUGAGACGGGCAAGCAAGUUACCACUGAAAAGGGUGUUGUUGCCCCAUUAGAUAGGCAGACAGCUGAUGGGCAGGUGUUGGAGCUGACUGGUUCCGAUAAGGAAAAGGUGGGGAAGAAAGGAGGGAUCAUCAAGCUCUUGUCCGCGGGAUUGUCGCCUUCGGCACGAGAUGGCACCCAGGACAGGGAAGCGGAUGAAGUGGCUGAACCUCUUCCCGGUAAGCAGGAAACGGUUUUGGUGAACGAUGAAAGCGACAAUGCGUCGGAGCCGAGGAACUCGCAGGAGUCGGAGGUGAAGCAGUCUACCCCGGACCGUCAGCGCGAUGAGAAAGAGUUGGCUGCUGCACUUGAGGCUAUUAAGAAGGUUAUGAAGGUCGAUUCAGCUGAGCCAUUCAACGUCCCAGUAGAUCCUGUUGCUUUGGGAAUACCUGAUUAUCUUGAUGUUAUCGACACUCCUAUGGAUUUUGGCACAAUAUGUCAAGAUUUGGAACAUGGUAACAAGUACAUGAAUUCAGAGGAUGUCUAUAAGGACGUACAAUUUAUAUGGGAUAAUUGUGUUAAGUACAACAGUAAAGGUGAUUACAUAAUAGAGCUUAUGAAACGGGUAAAGAAGGCCUUCAUGAAAAAUUGGCUAGCAGCAGGCUUGUACUCUGAUGUGCAAGACAAUGGUGGCAAUGACACCACUGGUGAUGAGGAUGCCAAAGUUACUUCAAAAAGCAAGUCUAAGCAAAAAAGACGACGCCCAGGGAAUGAUCGACACAAAGAUGACUGUUCAUGUGCUGUAUGUCAAGUUACACGACGUAAGAAGGAAAGGGUUGAAAUUUUGUCUGUUGAUAAUGAAACCACUGUAACGAAUAAUGACAUUUCUGAAGAACAAAGCAUGGAGGUAAACUUCGGUGUUAAUAAUUCCGGUAGUCAUGAUACACCCUCUAGUCAGGAGAAACUACAGCAUACUGAUGUGUAUAAAGCGAUGGUGGAAGUUGAUGCGCAGACUCAGAUGAAAGAUCUUGGUAAAUUCCUGAAAAAUCCAUCUCCUGACUAUGAAGAUGAGGGCUCCAGACAAUACUCUGAGGAAAAAGAAGAGGUAGAGUAUAAAGAUCUGAACAAUCAGGACGAGCAUACUUCCGCACAGCCUAAUGGUAACUCAGAAGUUGAGCAUCACCAACAGAAGGCACGGACAGAAACCAGCCAGGAGGUUGAAAUGGAAGAUUUCCCCAUUCAACAGGAGAACCAGUCAUUCCUGCAGCUCUGCGCGCGGCUUUUCCCUAGCAAGCGGAGCUCUGCUUUCAGGGGGCGCCAUUCCCUGUUCCGUCAACAGCGCCGAGUGGCAGCAAAGGAGAGCCCCCUACACGCUGCGAUGACAACAAUAAUGAAACGGUAGGAAAUUCAGUUUCUUGCCAGAGAAGCUCCAGGCGGUGUUGUUAUGACUCUGGGAAAGCUCUUCCCUGCAGACAUGGAAGCUGGCUGGUUGGUAUAAAAAGUUGAUUAGUCAGAACAUUUCUCCCUCAGAUCCCAGGACUCUGGUAUGACGUGGGUACGAAAAUUAGUUGGAGGAUACCUGUCCAUUGUGCGGGAAGAAUUCUCUUGUUCAUUUUUGUAUCAAAGCUAGUCGUGACAGUCACACGUAGCUUGCCGCCCUGGCAUAGGGUUGUCCGGAAGGCUAUAUUAAUUCUUAAGCGAUUUGAUUAGUAUUUCUGCCGAUUCUUCCGGCCAACCGCUACCUGACUCCCAGUUGCUUGCCCAAACCCAAAACAGAAGUUUGAUUGUGAUGCAUGAUUCACGAUUGAAUAUUAGCAGUGAAGAUUUAAUAUGUUCUCUAAUCAGUUUUUCUCUUGAGGAAUUUGUUCUCUAAUCAGUUGGUCCUAAACCUGUCACCUACUCCCUGGAGCUUGCCUUGAGAGUAUAGUAAGAAGGAUUUGUGGGCAAGUGGGACUUUUUAUGCGUA